ACUGGCCCAUUUGUGUCUCGCCGCUGCUCAUCGUGGGCAUCUCCAAUUCAGCGGCUUGCUAAAAUGCUCUAAGCUCUUUUGAUUAGUUAACCUCUCUGCCGCUGGACACUAAUCUUCACCUGAAAUAUGACGAAUGUAUGGGGCAAAGUUGUGCUGAAGUUCUUCAAAUAUGCGCCCAGCUAUGUGGUCUGCUUGAGCUUCCUGCCCUGUGGCCUGAUCUUUGGCUAUACGAUCUGUGCCUUUGUUGCUGAACGGAAUGUAAGCACUGGUCUUACCUAUUAUGGACCAUUGAUUCUGGGAGCCUGUUGGGCUGUAGUUACUGCCCUGGCCAUGCUGGUUGUUAAGCUUGUGAAGAAAUGCAUCGUCUAUUGGCAACCGUGGCUGCUCCUGGCAGCCGGAGUCUUUAAUCUGAUAGGCAGCUGCUUCUACUUUGCCGAUGGUUAUGACCAUGUCGGAGCCUAUAUAUCGUACGUUGGGCACAGCAUGACCUUCGUGGCCGGCUAUAGUUUCCUGCACACGAUCAGCGCCAAGGGAAGUCGGGCACUGUUUCUUUCGGGAAGCUGUAGCUGCUACCUGCUGGGCGUGGCCUCCGCCGUUAGCCUGAUAGUAUCCUCCUAUAGUCGGAAUGUUAACCAGUUGGCGGGACAGACGGCCACUACAGAACAACUUAUCGAUGGAAUCUACGUAAAUUUCGCUGGAACUUAUCUGAGUGUGGCAGCUGCAAUGCUGGCAAUUCUUAUAGGCCAGAAAGUUCUUCACUUCCUGGGCAACGUGGACUUGGUUAACAGCAUGGACAAUGAUCUACGUAUCGCCAACUCCAAUGGCAGCAUCUUCGAGAAGCGUUCGGAGGUGAUUAAGCGGCUGCAGUUCUUCUACGUGACCAAAAAUCAGCAGUGGAACAUGAUGUUGCUACUGCUCUUCACGGAGGCCGUGCAGUUUGCCCUGUUCGUGUACUUUAUCUAUUGGUUUGCCCUGAAUCCUGCCAUUCGAUUGACGGAGUUCUCUGGAAUCGAUGCCAUGUUCUGGGUAAUCUUCGGGGGCAGCUUGCUGGCCCUUGCCUUCCAAUGGUUCUUGUCGGUGAAGGUUACCUUUGUGGGUACCCAGGUGGCCUUAGUGUUCUUUACUGUGUUGGCCAUGAUCCUUUGCAGCGUCACGGAGUCUAGGUGGUCACUAUGGCUGCUUCUCGUGCUCUUUGGCCUGUCAUACUCCAGCCAACAAAUCGUCUUGAUGGAGGUCACCCAUCUACGUUUCACCGAGUGCAUCAUAUGUGUCUCCUAUGUCCUCAAAUUACUCUGCACCAGUAUCGUGUACUUCUACUUUGUGGCGGAUGCAAAGAACUCAUACUUCUAUGCCACCGACUCCAGCACCCUGAUGGCACAAGGAUUCGUCUUUUUGAUCAUCACCUCGUUGGUGGCCCUUGUGGUCGGCAUGAAAGUCCCACGGACGCAUCGCGCUCAACUGCUAGAGAUUCAGUACGAGGUGUACGGCAUUAUCUUUAUGAAGCACCAGAUCGAACAGCUCAACGUUAAAUGGCUAAACGACGGUACUAUUCCCACCAUUAAUCAGUGAGGAUUUGCCCAUUAUAUGCUUUCGAUUUUAACAUUCUCUUUUAUAACUUAAUUACAAAUACUCAAAUAAUUAUUUUCAUUAAUCCACAAUAAAACGACCUCUCAGUCUAAAA